GAGCUGAGGACUUUGAAAAAUUCAAGUGGUUCCUGCAGGGGAAGCUAGAAGGCAUCCAAGCAAUCCCAAAGUGUCAGCUGGAGAAUGCAAACCGGAUAAAAACUGUGGAUCUGAUGAUUGAGACCUACAGUGAAAAAGCGACUGACGUGACCAGAACAGUUAAAGAGAAGAUAAAUCAGAAAUUAUCAACCCCCCCCUUGAAACUCGAAGAGAUUCUUCCUCGGUGCCAGCCAAAACUCAAAUCCAAUUUAAAAAAGAAGUUCCAGUGUGUGUUUGAGGGGAUCGCUAAAGCAGGAAACCAGACCCUUCUGAAUCAGAUCUACACAGAGAUCUACAUCACAGAGGGAGGGACUGCAGAGGUCAAUAAGGAACAUGAGGUCAGACAGAUUGAAACAGCAUCCAGGAAACCAGACAGACCAGAAACAAGAAUCAGACUAGAAGACAUCUUUAAAACCCCACCUGGAAGAAAUAAACCAAUCAGAACAGUUCUGACAAAGGGAGUGGCUGGCAUUGGGAAAACAGUCUUAACACAGAAGUUCACUCUGGACUGGGCUGAAGACAAAACCAACCAGGACAUAAUGUUCAUAUUCCCAUUCACCUUCAGAGAGCUGAAUGGGCUGAAACAGAAAAAGUUCAGCUUGGUGGAACUUGUUCAUCGCUUCUUUACUGAAACCAAAGAAGCAGGAAUCUGCAGGUUUGAAGAGUUCCACGUUGUGUUGAUCUUUGACGGUCUGGAUGAGUGUCGACUUCCUCUGGACUUCAACAACAGUGAAACCCUGACUGAUGUCACAGAGUCCACCUCAGUGGAUGUGCUGCUGACAAACCUCAUCAGGGGGAAACUGCUUCCCUCUGCUCGCCUCUGGAUAACCACACGACCUGCAGCAGCCAAUCAGAUCCCUGCUGACUGUGUUGACAUGGUGACAGAGGUCAGAGGGUUCACUGACCCUCAGAAGGAGGAGUACUUCAGGAAGAGAUUCAGAGAAAAGAAGCAGGCCAAAAGAAUCAUCUUCCACAUCAAGACAUCACGAAGCCUCUACAUCAUGUGCCACAUCCCAGUCUUCUGCUGGAUCUCUGCUGGAGUUCUGGAGGAGCUGAUGGAAACCAGAGAGGGAGGAGAGCUGCCCAAGACCCUGACUGAGAUGUACAUCCACUUCCUGGUGGUUCAGUCCAAAGCGAAGAACAUCAAGUAUGAUGGAGGAGCUGAGACAGAUCCACAGUGGAGUCCAGAGAGCAGGAAGAUGAUCGAGUCUCUGGGAAAACUGGCUUUUGAUCAGCUGCAGAAAGGAAACCUGAUCUUCUAUGACUCAGACCUGACAGAGUGUGGCUUCGACAUCACAGCAGCCUCAAAGUACUCAGGAGUGUUCACACAGGUCUUUAGAGAGGAGAGAGGACUGUACCAGGACAGGGUGUUCUGUUUCGUCCAUCUGAGUGUUCAGGAGUUUCUGGCUGCUCUUCAUGUCCAACUGACCUUCAUCAACUCUGGAGUCAAUCUGAUGGCAGAGGAACCAACAGAGACGAGUCUCUGCCAGAGUGCUGUGGACAAGGCCUUACAGAGUCCAAAUGGACACCUGGACUUGUUCCUCCGCUUCCUCCUGGGUCUUUCUCUGGAGACCAAUCAAAAUCUCCUACGAGGUCUGCUGACACAGACAGGAAGUAGCUCACAGACCAAUCAGGAAACAGUCAAAUACAUCAAGAAGAAGAUCAGUGAGGAUCUGUCUCCAGAGAGAAGAAUCAACCUGUUCCACUGUCUGAAUGAACUGAAUGAUCGUUCUCUAGUGGAGCAGAUCCAAUUCUACCUGAGAUCAGGAAGUCUCUCCACAGAUAAACUGUCUUCUGCUCUGUGGUCAGCUCUGGUCUUCAUCUUACUGUCAUCAGAAACAGAUCUGGAUGUGUUUGACCUGAAGAAAUACUUUGCUUCAGAGGAGGCUCUUCUGAGGCUGCUGCCAGUGGUCAAAGCCUCCAACAAAGCUCUUCUCAGUGGCUGUAACCUGUCAGAGAGAAGCUGUGAAGCUCUGUCCUCAGUCCUCAGCUCCCCGUCCUCCAGUCUGAGAGAGCUGGACCUGAGUAACAACGACCUGAAGGAUUCAGGAGUGAAGAGGCUGUCUCCUGGACUGCAGAGUCCUCAUUGUAAACUGGGAACUCUCAGGCUUUCCGGCUGUCUGGUCUCAGGGGACGGCUGUGCUUCUCUGGCCUCAGCUCUGAGCUCCAACCCCUCCCACCUGAGAGUCCUGGACCUGAGCUACAACCAUCCAGGAGACUCAGCACGAAAGCUGCUGGAGGAUCCACGCUGCAGACUGGACACUCUCAGAGUCUCCUCUGGCUCUCUGAUCCACAUUCAGACCAUCAACACCACAUUCACUGAACCUCUUUAUCCUGGAUUUGGCUUUGUGUUUCUGUCUCUGCGGUCUCCUGGUUCCUCAGUGUCUCUGUGUCGUCUGUGA